ACAAAGCUCCGCAAAUCGUCACUCGGUUGCCUGUUCACCUUUGCAUUCGAACUUGUACUUUCAGUCUGGUGCGGUGUGGUGACAGUGAUAAGAUAACAGACACCCAGAUCUAAUCGAACUAAACUGCUAGCCAAAAUCGCUGCUGUCGAACCAUCAGUGAGUUGUACCGUUUCGAUUCAAUAGCAAGCAAAAGGCGUUCCCUCAAUGCCUACCAACAUGAGCAGUUCGAUGGAUAUCCAAUCCCGGCCCUACACGCCUGCGGAUCCACUUAAACCGGUUAGUGUGGCGCAACGCGUACUCAUCCUUAUCCAGGGAUUAGUGGAUUUGGCGGUAAUCUUCGUUUCCAGUAUUCCGCUGUGGAUUGAAAUCGUGUUGGAAACAUUCGUGCCGAAGCCACCGAAAAACAUCGGAGGACAGUCGGCGCUAGUAACAGGCGGGGCUAAUGGAAUUGGAAAAGCCAUCGCAACCGAACUGGCCAAAGAGGGCUGUAAUGUGGUCAUCGUCGAUGUCGAUCACACCAACGCGGAAAAGACAGCCAUCGAAUUGCGGCAAUUCAAUGUGUCGACGGUAGCCUACAAGUGCGAUGUCGCAGAUUACGAACAAGUGCGCCAACUGCACCGGGAAGUGGAACGAGAUGUUGGCCCGAUCGACAUUUUGGUGAAUAAUGCCGGCGUGCUGCCUUUCCUGUCGCCGGAAGAGAAUCAUCCGACGGGUAUUAAGCGAAUGAUGGAUGUAAACGUUUUAGCCGGUUUUUGGACCGUGGACCAAUUUCUGCCCAGUAUGAUGCGACGUCGCAAGGGUCACAUCGUCGCGAUUGCUUCCGCUUCGUCUUACACCCCGGUGGGGUGGAUGCGUACCUACGUCACCUCGAAGUACGCUGUCCGGGGCUACAUGGAAGCACUGGACGAAGAAAUCUACCUGAAGGGUCAAUCGCAGUCGGUGCAGACAACUACGGUGUUUCCGUUUAUUAUCAACACACGCAAGCAGCUGAUAGAGAGGAUGAAACGAAUGCCGGGCGUGGCAACGAUGCCAGUUUUUUCACCCGAAGAAACCGCAAAGACGGUAAUCAACGCCAUCAAAGCCAACAAACGAAAGGUCGUUGUCCCGUCAAGAAUCAAAGCUUGGCAGCUCAGUUUAUACGAGCACAUCCCAAUCAAAAUUCGACGACUGAUGGAUGUAACUGUCAUGAAAGGUAGACCAAUCGUGUUGGAUUAGAGGUGACAAUAGCUUUCAGAUGUUUGAUUUUUUGCGUUUCAACAGUCGAAAAUUGUAACGAAUGAUAUAUUGUAGCUUAUUAUGUUUAGAUAACAGUGCAUCGAAUAA